AUGGUAAUCAUCCACUCUACUCACCUUGGUCAUAGAAGAGACAGUGGCAUUUGCACUGUUGAUUAUACUACCUGUGGUAGUUUUGGCUUUAGUAGCCAAAAUGGACUUCCACUUGGGUUCCUACUUCAAGAUUUUAUAGCAAUCAUCAUAGAUGAACUUUUUGCCAUCUACUGUAUCCAGUUAUUUGGCACCGCUCUAGUUAACAGCAAGGGUGUCUUCCAAUACCCCAACAAACUUCAUGACUGCAGCUUGUAUCACAUUCCAGCAAGAAUUGAUCUAGGAUGGGCUGCAAAUAACUGGAGGAUCAACGCGGCUUUCCUCAAAUAUCAAGAGAUAUUGACUCAAGACGUUGCUGAAAAAGUCGCCAGUGAUUACAUCCUCCAAAGCUCAAAUGAAUACAGAGCAUAA